GAUACUUUUCGGACUUACGAUAGCUAGCCCCAAAAUCUUUCGCCUCCGCGAAGUGAAAGAUACGCAGUCAAAAGUAUCUUCCUACCCUCGUUUCUUCCACUUCAAUUCGUCGCGAACCCAGAUUCUCAUCAUCUCCGCAUUUAUUUUCUUCCUUCUCUGCCAACUACUAUCCAAGUCUGAGCUAUAUUGCACGCCGGACAUAUUGAGCACCAUGCCUACUCUUGCCCUUGCAGGCGGUACAUCUGCCUCACUUGGUCGAGCAAUCGUGUCAGGUGUUCUGUUUUCGCCAUCCACCAAACUAUGGAACGUCGUCAUCUUCUCACGGUCCUUGAAGGUACCUGCAUGGCUUCGGGCCAUCGAUCCCCAGAGCGAACGAACAACCAUCAAAGUUGUGGAUUAUCUCAAAGUCGACUCAAUUGUACCUAGCCUCAAAGGUGUCGAUACCCUCAUCUCGGUAACUUCUGCAAUGGAUGGUACGCAGGCACAGAUCCAAAUCAACCUCCUUAAUGCUGCAGUGGCCGCUGGCUGCAGACGAUUCGCACCUACCCAGUGGGAAAUGGGACUCAAAGGCUAUGAGACAGGCUUGAUCAAGUCCACUUUCGAGGGGGUCUGGGAGGCUUGUAUCAAGAACCAGGAGAGGAUUGAGCUAGCCAGAUUUAAUUGUGGCAUGUUCAUGAACUACAUUGGUCACGGCCUGUACUCUGAGAGGCCUUCACUGGACGACGAACAAGCUUUAAAGAGUGGCCAUGGAUAUGCUGAUGGUGCGGAUGCCGCAAUACAAGGAUUAUCUGCCCAGGGUGAUCUAAAAGACGGGUCAGGUGGUUUUAUGAUUUCGCUCAAGAAUGCCAUUGCCGAGCUGCCAACAAAAGCAGACGGAUCAUGGCCCACCUUCUCUACAACAUCACUGAGAGAUGUCGGAUACUUCGUUGCAGCGGCACUGGAACUUUCGGAAUGGCAGCAUGAUAUGAGCAUGUCUGGCGAUAAAUUGACAAUAGGAGACCUUCUCAAAUAUGCCGAGGAGGCGACUGGGAAGACAUUCGACGUGGAACGGCUGUCGCCAGCAGACCUUGAGUUGCAAAUGUCCAAAACCGAUCCGGACGACUUUAUGGGGCAGUUAUGGCUGGAGUUGAAGUACAUGUUCACAAAGGAUGAGGAAGAUCUGUGUAUCCUCAAACCCGUGCUGAAUGGUCUGUGUCCAGAUGUCAAACCCAUAUCCGUCAAGGAGUACAUACACAAAUUUUACCAAAGGUAGUGCUAUAUGGCGUUCUGCCUGUCUGCUUACAUCAUCACAAGGAAAGCAAUCAAUCAAGUUCAAAAAUGGAAAAUCUCGGCUCUGCUACACCAAGUGUUCAAGUGAUCAUUCAUCCGUCG